AAGAAAAAAAAAAAAGAAAGAAAGAAAUAACCACCAAACAAUUGAGGUGACCCUCACGGGAAUUUAUUAGCGAGAUCUCUCUCUCUCUGACUCUCUCACUCGACUCACUUUGAAAACCCUAAAACUCACGAGCUAUCCUUCGCCGCUGGAUCCUCAUAUGCGUUUGGUCAGAUUCUAUCUCUCGGCUCUUCUCUCUUUAAUCUAGUCUUUUUGCGAGAUCAAGCUCAUGGCGUCCGACGACGACGACUCAGAUAUAGUUCGACUUCCCGCGUUUGACAACUCAGAUUUAAUCACAACGUUAAAGAGGACGACGCUCAUCGGUAGAAUUAUGAACCCCGAGGUUCAGAAUGUUGACUCACUCGUUAUGACGUUACCCAGACUCUGGAAACUAGAGGACCGAGUGAAAGGGAUGGGCUUGGGAUCAGGAACGUUCAGGUUUGAUUUUGAGAGAGAAGAUCUUCUGGAGGUGAUGACGAUGGAGCCUUUCAAUUUCAAUCACUGGAUGGUUUCGAUUGUACGCUGGGAACCCAUUAUACACAAGGACUACCCGUCGGCCAUCACAUUUUGGGUCAGGAUUGUUGGUCUUCCUCAGGAUCUCUGGACUGAUCAGAAUUUCCGGAUUAUUGGGGAUCAGCUGGGCACUGUUCAAGAAGUUGAUGAAGAGAACGCGAUGGUCAACAUGACUAUCGAUAGUACUAUGCCAUUGUGCUUCGAAAUGCCGGUUCAGUUUGAAACGGGUGGUGAGGAUGUGCUGGUGAAGAUGGAGUACGAGAAGCUUUCCGGUUACUGUGAUUCUUGUUUCAGCCUUCGCCAUGAUGAAGAAUCUUGCCCAGAACGAGACUGGCGCAACCAUGAAGAGAAUGACUUGCGUCAAUCGGACUAAGAUGGUUCACAUUUGGGAUUCUAAGUCAAGUGAUGCAUGCAUAUAUUUUCCGAUCUCAUUCACCCAUUUUUCUAUGUAUUUCUAAUGAGAAAGUAGAGUAUUUAUCAAUGAAUUUGAGAAAACACACCCUUAAAGUAGAAUAUGUGUCUGCUAAUUUGUGAAAAAUACAGUAUCUUUUGGAUCAUAAAUUCUAACUCCUUCA